AUGCCCUCCUCUGUGGCUGUUUUCCCCGGCAUUGGCUAUAGGAAGCUAAUUUCCUGGUUGCUAGGGCAACCAAGGGGGAUGGCCCCAAGUAAGAGCCGGGGAAGCCUUGGGCUGCCUCUCAGCUCGUGGCUGUGCGGCAUGCCUGCUGACCUGCUGCUGGCUAGGAGGAGGAGCCAACUCUGCAGAGGAGCUUCUCCCGGCACAGUAUGGGUCCUGCCGCCCCGCUGCCCCACCAUGAGACAGAGCUCCAGCGUUAGAGCUACUGCUCCACUCUCCCUCUGCUGGCCACUGCGCAGCUCUGACUCACUCUGCUCCAGUAGUAACAGGAGCACAGGCGGCAAGAUGUCAUCCUCCACGUCCUCUUCCAACAACGAUGGACAAGGGAAGCCUAAACCUAAAUCCCCGUUUCGCAAGAGGGGGAGCCUGCAGAGCACCACCAGCCCUGACCUGUGUGGUGCAACUGGACCCAAGCCCCUCAAGCCCCAGAGAUCCCUUCCAGGGACGCCUGUUUCUCUCACACACUACCCAAUCGACCUGCGAACAUCCAUGGAGGAAAAGUACAAAGAGAUUGCUGAGCUGUUCACACGGAGCAUGGCGGAGAGCGAGAUGCGAAGCGCUCCUUAUGAGUUCCCGGAGGACAGCCCCAUCGAACAGCUGGAAGAGCGACGCCACCGCCUAGAGAGGCAAAUCAGCCAGGACAUUAAGCUUGAGCCAGAGAUCUUGCUCCGCGCCAAACAGGACUUCAUGAAAAUCGACAGUGAGGCAGACCUAGAGUUAUUGCAGGAGGAGAGUGUGGACACUUUUGAUAGUGGCUUUAAGAAGAGGCAGCUGCCGAUAGAGAGAGAGUACCAGCGGGUGUCAAUAUCUGGAGAGGAAAAGUGUGGGGUGCCCUUCAUUGACCUUGUCGAUGCUGCGAAGUGUGUGGUGAAGGCAUUAUUCAUCCGGGAGAAGUACAUUAAGCGAUCCUUGCAGUCCUUUUGUAAGACCACAGCUCAUGUCCUGCAGGAACUCGGGAUGAAGCCUCUGGAUCUGGCUGACUAUGACGAUAUAGCAGAGACUCCUGUAGAUGCUGAUGCCCCCGUCCACCCACCUGUCUCAAAGACUCACCCCUAUGACAAGGACCCCAAGAAUAUGCCCACAGACACAGGACAUGGCUGCAAGAUGGUGGAUGGAGUAGUCCACGUCUACACCAAGAAAACCAACAUGGACAAAAGCACAGAGCUGGAUCUGCCCUAUCCUGACCUGACGGAGUAUAUUGGAGACAUGAAUGUUAUGAUGGCCCUCAUUAUCAACGGCCCAGUGAAGUCUUUCUGCUACCGCCGUCUGCAGUACCUGAGCUCUAAGUUCCAGAUGCACAUCCUCCUGAAUGAGAUGAAGGAGCUGGCAGCGCAGAAGAAAGUUCCACACAGAGACUUCUAUAACAUACGGAAGGUGGACACACACAUCCAUGCGUCAUCCUGCAUGAAUCAGAAGCACCUGCUGCGAUUCAUCAAGAGAGCCAUGAAGAAAUACCCCGAGGAGAUCGUUCACAUUGAGCGCGGCCGCGGUCAGACCCUCAAGGAGGUGUUUGAGAGCAUGAACCUGACUGCCUUUGACCUGAGCGUAGACACUCUCGACAUGCAUGCGGACCGUAACACGUUCCAUCGGUUUGACAAGUUCAACGCUAAAUACAACCCCAUCGGAGAAUCCAUCCUCAGGGAGAUCUUCAUCAAGACUGACAACCACAUCGAAGGGAAAUACUUUGCACACAUUGUCAAGGAGGUGAUGUACGACUUGGAGGAGAGCAAGUACCAGAACUCUGAGCUACGCCUGUCCAUCUACGGUCGCUCCCGGGACGAAUGGGACAAGCUGGCUCAGUGGGCCCUCAAACAUCGAGUGUACUCUGAUAAUGUGCGCUGGCUUAUCCAGGUGCCCCGUCUUUUUGAUGUGUACCGCACAAAGAAGCAGCUGGCUAAUUUCCAGGAGAUGUUGGAGAAUAUCUUCAUACCUCUGUUUGAAGUGACGAUCAACCCGCGCAGUCAUCCUGAGCUGCAUCUCUUCCUGGAGCACGUGGUGGGCUUCGACAGCGUGGACGAUGAGUCUAAGCCUGAGCACCACAUUUUCAAUCUUGACAGUCCGCUGCCAGCCAACUGGUCCGAAGAGGCCAACCCGCCCUACUCCUACUACCUCUACUACACCUACGCCAACAUGACUGUGCUCAACCACCUGCGAAGGCGGAGAGGCUUUCACACCUUUGUGCUGCGACCUCACUGUGGGGAGGCGGGGCCGAUCCACCACCUGGUGUCAGGUUACGUGCUGUCGGAGAACAUCUCCCACGGACUGCUGCUCAGAAAGGCUCCGGUGCUGCAGUAUCUUUACUACCUGGCUCAAAUUGGCAUCGCCAUGUCACCGCUGAGUAACAACAGCCUGUUCCUGAGUUACCAUCGCAACCCGCUGCCAGAGUAUCUGUCCAGAGGCCUCAUGGUGUCCCUGUCCACUGAUGAUCCUCUUCAGUUCCACUUCACCAAGGAGCCUCUGAUGGAGGAGUACAGCAUCGCUACUCAGGUGUGGAAACUAAGUUCCUGUGACAUGUGUGAGCUGUCGAGAAACAGUGUCCUCAUGAGCGGGUUCUCACACAAGGCCAAGAGCUACUGGUUGGGCCCCAAUUAUUCUGAGGAGGGUCCUGUGAGCAAUGACAUCCGUCGUACCAACGUCCCUGAUAUCCGCGUGGCGUACCGCAGCGAGACACUCUCUGAGGAGCUUCAGCUCGUCAUUCACGCUGUCCGCACCGAAGAGCUGGACACUAUCAAUGAGGAGGACUCUCUGUCCAUGGGCCCUCUUCCGGGACAACGCUAAAGUCACGAUAACCGGGAUUUGUCCUGCAAAUCCCCAACCCUGUUUUCCACCCAGCAUGACACUGAAGAGACGUGGUGUUGGGGUAAAUCAGUUGCAUCCUACACAAAAUAUAAACAACACCAACCAUCACCGUAGAACUAUGCCACACACACAGCUACCAAAAAGCCAAGGACACAGUGCUGCCCGAGCACUUCAUCGUCUACGUUCUUCGGUUUCUUGUGUACGAGUCAUUUUUAGGUUGCAGGAAAGGAUUUAACGAUGAGGUUAAACGUUCCAAAUACAUAGUCAGUGUUUUUAUAACUUCUGUUUCUGUUGUUCUCUGUGGCAUGUUCAGUGUCAGUCAGCAUAAUGCACUCUACAGAGACGCUUCAGGGCAAUGUUGUCUUUAUUUGUUUGACUCCAUCCUGUCCUGCCAAAGCCAUUUGAUGAUCUCUGUGAUUUAUUCCAUUAGUCAGCAGUAUGUUUAAAUACACCAGACACAUUACUCAGCAUGUAGUAUCUCUGUAGUAUCCGUGUGCUACAGGGACUCUAACAACCAGCACAUUUAAACUUACUUCACAGCAAACCUGCUCUGAACGUUGCUUAGAUUCCACUUUACAGUUAAGCUGCUUAACGGAACCGACUGUGGUGAACCUACCAUCUUUAUUAUAAGUUUGUAUAAUGAAGAUGGGAUUUUAUUGAAAUAAUACACCCACACUACCCACACAACAAACUUUGACAGAUUUCAUGUUUUUAAGCCACUUCAGGGCAGCUUAAAGCUUGGAGGUGUACAGUAACUGAAUCGGAGAGAAGAGAGCGCAGCGCUGCAGAUCAGCCGUGCAUGGUGCUCGGUGUGGUUUCACAUCAUUUAUUUGCCAAAUUGCACACAAAGAAUCGUUCUUCCGUGACUUUAAUGAGCUCAGAAAGUGACAGACAGUCCACAGGCCUCGAGUGAGCAGAGAAGCAGACUUCCUGGUGGUCGACUGCACACAUUCCAGAAAGCAAACACUCGUCUUUAGAUGCAAAAUGAAAUUUAGUAAAUGAUGAAAAUCAUCCCGGUUUAAUGUUUUUUUAUGUGGCAAAUGAGAUAAAAAGGGGAAAAUCUGCGUUGUAGAUUUGAACCACAGCACAAAUAAGUAUGAAUGGAUUCAGCUUCGUCUGAGGAGAAAUCUCUCGGUAACCUCACUGUGGCCAUGACGAUAUGGACCCUGUGUCCCUCCUUUGGUCCCAGAUUUCACUCGCUCCUUCUCUUAUGGACAAACCACAAAGUUGUGGAGUUUUCCCCUUUGCAUGCGGUGCACUGUACAUAUGCACCAAGACUUCACAGUGCCUUUUCAUUUUUUGCUUUGGGCUAAAAAAUAUUAUAGAAAUAUUUUUUCUUGCGUCAUGUACAGAAUCCCUCUCCACCGAUGGAACUGAAACCACCUAGCUGCAAGCUCGGCGUAAAAUAUCUUUUUACCUUGGCGUUCGUUUGAGAGGGAACAUUUCUAGUUCUCUGCUUAUAUGUGCUUUUUUUUUGCAUGCCUGCAUUAGUAAUGGAUGGCAGGAGAGAAUGAGUUAUUUACAGCAAGCUGUAACGUAAAGCAUCUUAACUAAGUCAGGGCUGCCAACCAGCUUUCGAGUCAGACAUUUGUUCGCAGUAAACAGAUUUAAAUUUAGCAUUUUACACCAUGUAAAAACAAGCACACCAUGCGGGGACAUGGCGAAGACUGUUGCAUGGUUCCUGUAGCAUUUUUUAUUUUAUUUUAACUCGCCCCAAAUCUAAUCAAAGCUGGGAUCACAUGUUGUAUCGUCCACUCUUCACUCUACCUGCCACUGGACACGGUCCAACUUCCAUCCAAGUGUGAGCAAUCUUCGAAAACCUAAAUGCUAUUGUGAGUAAUAUUUGAAUCUGAAAACAUCAGCCUUUAUUUGAAUAACCAACUGUAAUGUAUCAGUACAUGUUUUGCUUUAUAUAUGAGAAAGAUGAAAGAUGAGAUGCCAAAUUCAUCCAGCAAGAAUACAGUAGCUUCGAGGGAUGCAUCGCCACGUGCGUGUUUGUUGGAUUUCAUGUAUAAAGUGUAUUUUUUUAAAGGGGAUAUAGAGAAGAAAUUUUAUAUUCAAAAUAUAUUGUUGUCAAGGUUUAACAUUUAGUUUUGUUGCCGUUGAACAUUAUGAAUUAUGUCAUGAAAAUAGAGUUAUUAAAUAUACUUUUAUUCAGUUAAUUAGACCAUUUAAUAUAAAAGUAGCUGUUUGUUAUUUCAGCACACCUCAUAGAGGUACAUUAUAGAUAUAUCUGACUUUAAAUCCAAAAGUCUUUAUAGUAGCCAAUCACACACACACACACACACACACACACACACACACACACACACACACACACACACACACACACACACACACAAACAUCGACUCGUCCAAUAGAAUCACUCACUGAAGCACAACGUAUAUUUAUGUCCAAUUACUACAGCUUCAUUCAGCUAAUUGGCCUUUCCUACUUUUAAUGUUUAACAACCGUCUUGUUGACUACUUUGCAACAUUUUGUAAAGUAAUUAUGGGAAUACGUGUUGACGACCUUGCUUUGGUGCUUUAUCACCGACAGACUAUUAGAAUCUGGACUGAACCUUUUCCAUCCGUUCAGCUUUACAGCCUGUUGUAAUCUGUGUUUAUGUUCCUUCAUGGUGCCACCAUCAGAGCCACCUGUCUACACAACGUAGUGCAGCCUACCUCACAAACACUCAUCUCUGGUCGUUCCCUGUGUUGUCCUCAGCAACAGCGCAGCACAGCUAGAGAUUAUUUUCACUAUUGAUUAAUCCACAGAUUUCUUUAUGGAUAAAUCGAUUCAUUGUUUGGUCUAUAAAAUAUCAGAGAAUUGUGAAAAAGGCUUAUCUAUCAUAUCAUCAUUCCCCCUUGUGCACGGGGUUAUGAUUUAUUCAGUCCACAUCCAAAACUUAUUUGCUUUACUUUCAUAGAAGACGAAGCGACACAUCUUCACAUUUGAGAAGCUUGAACCGGUACAUUAGUCAUUUUCUAUCGAUCAUCGCAAUUGUUGCAGAUUCUUUUGUUUCUGACGAUCAACUAAUCACAGUAAAUAUUGGCGCAUGAAAAGUGAUGCACGAGAGAUGGAACAGCCGAGAGCAUUUAAAGAUGCUGUGUUCUCUGAGCAGUGACACAGUGAUUAUUUGGAUGCCAACACAAAAACAUAUCAGUUAUUCAAAUAUAUGCUAUUCUAUAUUCACAUUGAUUUAUUUUCUAUUUAACUUCACCGUGCAUUAAUUAGUUAAGUAUUCUGAUGCUCACUCUCAAGAUAUAUUUGUCUCAUAAACAAUCUUUGUUUUUACACAAUCUCGUCACUUUAUGACGUGGGAUUUCUUUUCUUCCUAAUUUCAUGGCCAUUGAUCUGUACCCAUGUUAUUGCCUGAAAUGGAUUGCCAGUGUUUACCAGAUGCUUCUGAUAAUGUUCAUGUGUAAUGUCUGAACGAAAUAAAGCAUGUUUACUCACUAAA